AUGCCACGCGUCGUCUUCCCUUUUUUUCUCUUCACACCGACUCCAUCUACCUAUCGGCCGGAGGUGAUUCCUAUCGCAAACGCUUUCAAUCUCGAUCAAUUCCUAGAUCUUUCACUUUCCGAUCUCAAGAUGGUGUCUGAUGCGAGCAAGAAGAAGGCGCUCCAGAAGAAGGCAGCAGCGGCUGCCAAGAGAGGAGGUAAAGCAGCAGCCGCCGCUACUUCGGCUAAGGCGGCGGCUGUUGGUACGAUGAACGGAAGUUCUAGUACCGAUAACUUGUCGAAUGGGAUGGGGUCUCUUGUGAUAUCUGACCGGACUUGUACCGGCGUUCUUUGUUCUCAUCCGCUGUCUAGGGAUAUUCGGAUAGAGUCUCUGUCACUUACUUUUCAUGGACACGAUCUUAUUGUUGACACUGAACUGGAGCUUAACUAUGGGAGACGUUAUGGUUUACUUGGUUUAAACGGAUGUGGUAAAUCCACACUUCUAACAUCAAUUGGAAUGAGAGAACUUCCAAUCCCUGAACACAUGGACAUCUUCCAUCUCACCAGAGAAAUCGAAGCAUCUGACAUGUCAUCACUUGAAGCUGUCAUGAAUUGUGAUGAAGAAAGGCUCAAAUUGGAAGCAGAAGUUGAACGCUUAGCUGCUCAGGAUGCUGGUGGAGGUGAUGCUCUUGAUCGUAUCUAUGAACGAUUAGAUGCCAUGGAUGCAUCAACUGCAGAGAAACGUGCAGCCGAGAUCUUAAAUGGUCUUGGAUUUGAUAAACAAAUGCAAGCAAAGAAAACAAGAGACUUUUCUGGUGGAUGGAGGAUGCGUAUUGCUUUGGCUCGUGCUUUGUUUAUGAACCCCACAAUCUUGUUACUUGAUGAGCCCACUAAUCAUCUUGAUCUCGAAGCGUGUGUGUGGUUAGAAGAAACCCUAAAAAACUUCGAGCGAAUCCUCGUAGUUGUCUCCCACUCCCAAGAUUUCCUAAACGGAGUAUGCACGAACAUCAUCCACAUGCAAAGCAAGAAACUCAAAAUCUACACGGGAAACUUCGACCAAUACAUCCAAACGCGAUCUGAACUCGAAGAAAACCAAAUGAAACAAUACAAAUGGGAACAAGACCAAAUCGCCAACAUGAAAGAAUACAUCGCGCGAUUCGGUCACGGGUCCGCCAAACUCGCCCGCCAAGCCCAAUCCAAAGAAAAAACCCUCGCGAAAAUGGAACGCGGUGGCCUCACCGAAAAAGUCGCGCGCGACAAAGUCCUCGUCUUCCGCUUCGUCGACGUCGGUAAACUCCCGCCGCCCGUCCUCCAAUUCGUCGAAGUCUCCUUCGGUUACACCCCGGAGAAUCUCAUCUACAAAUGUCUCGACUUCGGUGUUGACCUCGAUUCCCGUGUCGCGUUGGUGGGCCCCAACGGAGCGGGGAAAAGUACUUUGCUAAAGCUUAUGACGGGGGAGCUUGUUCCUCUCGAUGGCAUGGUGAGACGACACAAUCAUUUGAGAAUCGCGCAGUAUCAUCAACAUUUGGCGGAGAAGUUGGAUUUGGAGAUGUCGGCGUUGUUGUAUAUGAUGAGGGAGUAUCCGGGGAACGAAGAGGAGAAGAUGCGCGCGAGUAUCGGGCGGUUUGGGCUGACCGGGAAAGCGCAAGUGAUGCCGAUGAAGAAUUUGUCGGACGGGCAGAAGAGUCGGGUGAUAUUCGCGUGGUUGGCGUUUCGGCAACCGCAGAUGCUUUUGCUUGAUGAGCCGACAAAUCAUUUGGAUAUUGAAACGAUUGAUAGUUUGGCUGAGGCGUUGAAUGAGUGGGAUGGAGGGAUGGUGUUGGUGAGUCAUGACUUUAGGUUGAUUAAUCAGGUGGCGCAUGAGAUUUGGGUGUGUGAGAAUCAGGCUGUGACACGUUGGGAAGGGGAUAUUAUGGGGUUCAAGGAGCAUUUGAGGACUAAGGCUGGGUUAUCAGGUUAAUGAGUGAGUUGCUAUAUUUUGUAUGCACCGAUGUUUGAGCUCGUGAGGCUUGUAUUUUGGAUAUGGCUGCAUGGGCUGUUUGUCGAUUUAUAAAGCUGAAAAGAGUUGUGGGAGAGGGUUAUUUUAGGGGCUGGCUUUUGUUGAGCACUUAUCGGUUAUCAAUGUCUCUCUCUCCUUUUGAGGCAUCUUGUUUUUAAUCUUAGAUUUCUUUCUUGCACUAUAUUUUUGAUUUUACUUUAAUGAACGUAAACAUGGUUUUAUUUAUGAUUGCUACAAUUUUUAUUGAAGAGUGUAAUGACUUGAUUCUAAGUAAGUAUUUGGAUUUCUGUAUUAUUGAUAUAUUUGUGCAUCAACUUGGUUAAGAGGG